GCAAACUAAAUUUCUUUUAAAUGUUGCACACGUGCAGCGUUAAGGGCAUCUUGCCACAAGCAGAGCGUCGGAGCCACACACACUUACGCACAACGACACGAUUGAUGCUCGUCUUGGGCCAUCAUUCCCGAUCGGAUCCGCUUCGCUCUGAUCGUUUUGAGCGUUGCGUGGUAGCAGUUAGGGGAGGAUUUUGCAAGUGUACGCGCCGCCGACGCCGACGCCUGCUGCAGCUACAAAAAGGAUCAGUUUACCUUGCGGCAAGAUCAUUUCUCAAGCGACUACCGUGCGGUGAACAGCAGCAAGUGUCCGUUCCGCAGCAGAGUUCAACAUACGCCCGGACAAAUUUAUAAAGCUACUUGCAACAUCACAAUUAACAAACACACCCAAUCAAAUUAGUACUAUGGCCGUGGAGGGUCAAAGAUUUAUGACCAAGACGCAGCACUAUCGCAAGGUCACCAAGCCGCUGCUGGAGCGAAAGCGACGGGCGCGCAUGAAUCUCUACUUGGAUGAGCUAAAAGAUCUCAUUGUGGAUACAAUGGACGCGCAGGGCGAGCAGGUCAACAAGCUGGAGAAGGCUGAUAUACUGGAGCUGACCGUGAACUAUCUGAAGACGCAGCAGCAGCAGCGUCUGGCCUGCGGCAGUGCCGGCACACCUCCAGACAUGUCCACACCCACUUCUCCACCUGCGAAUCAGUUGAACUUUGACAAAUUUCGCGCGGGUUACACACAGGCCGCCUAUGAGGUCUCCCACAUAUUCUCCACGGUGCCCGGUGUAGAUCUUAAGUUUGGCACGCAUCUGAUGAAGCAGCUUGGACAUCAGCUAAAGGAUAUGAAGCAACAACUGAUCAGCCCGGUGCCCAGUGAAGAUGCCAUCGAACCUGUCAAUCUGGCCAAUGGGAAGCAACAGCGCUCCACAUCACCACAAGAGAAUCUAGACAAGGGUGAGGAUGUGUGGCGACCCUGGUAAACUAUCCACAAUGCCGAUCCCUUAGCUUUAUUACACUUGCACAUUGAGAGCUUUAUUAAUCUGGUUCUAGUUCAUAAGUCUUAAUCGAGUUUUCCAAGGCUUAUUGUAAACAUUUGCCCUCGUUUAUUAGAUGAUUAUUUGACAAGAUUUUAUACCUAUAUGAUGUGAUGUUCCUGUGAUAGUUUUUAAGUGCGUUUUUUUGUAUCUGAUCUCCAGUAGCAAAUAAUACUUAAAUAUUUAAACAUAAUUAAUCUUAAUUUGAAUACACACCGAGCUUCCCAAUGAGCUUCCAUUUAGAUUAUACUGUAAAAUGAUUACUCAUAGAUAUUUUGAAACAAAUCAUUUAGUUGAUCUUUAAUUUAUACGCUUUUAAUAAAUAUAAACAAUUGUAU